AGUAUUUAUAUUGUAAGAACUCAAGAGUACUCAUCCCUCCUUUCCUAGCCAAUUGCCUCCUAGCCUCAUCCUCCUCCUUCCUCCUCCUUCCUCCUGCUUUCGUAUAUGUGGUAGAAGUAGGAGUACUAAAUCAUCAAUUGAUAAAUCCACUACAUAAAAAGAAUGGCCACGUCCGUGCCAGCGUAUCAGUACCAGAACGGGACGGCAGUGCCGAUCUGGUUGAACAAAGGAGACAACGCAUGGCAGAUGAUAGCCGCCACGCUGGUGGGCCUUCAGAGUAUGCCGGGCCUAGUUAUCCUCUACGGCAGCAUCGUUAAGAAGAAAUGGGCUGUCAAUUCCGCAUUCAUGGCCCUCUACGCCUUUGCCGCCGUUAUCAUUUGCUGGGUCACCUGGGCUUACAAGAUGUCCUUCGGUGACAAGCUCCUCCCCUUUUGGGGUAAGGCCGGUCCAGCCCUCGGCCAGAGCUACCUCAUCGCACAGGCGGGGCUGCCUGAGACGACCCAGUACCACAAGAAUGGGUCAAUAGAGACAAGCGAGCAGACGCAGUUCUAUCCAAUGGCAUCGAUGGUAUGGUUUCAGUGCGUGUUUGCAGCGAUAACGCUGAUACUGCUGGCGGGGUCAUUACUAGGGAGGAUGAACAUAAGGGCUUGGAUGAUGUUUGUGCCAUUGUGGUUGACUUUCUCAUACACGGUGGGUGCAUUCAGCCUGUGGGGGGGAGGCUUCUUGUACCACUGGGGUGUAGCGGACUAUUCUGGUGGAUAUGUCAUUCAUCUCUCUUCUGGUAUUGCUGGCUUCACGGCUGCUUACUGGGUGGGGCCGCGAACACUAAGCGAUAGAGAGAGGUUUCCGCCGAACAACGUGCUGCUGAUGCUGGCAGGGGCGGGAUUGUUGUGGCUGGGAUGGGCAGGGUUCAACGGAGGAGAUCCUUAUGCUGCAAACAUAGACGCGUCCUUGGCAGUCCUAAACACCAACGUAUGCGCAGCCACUAGCCUCCUUGUUUGGACAUGUCUUGACGUCAUCUUCUUCAAGAAACCUUCAGUUAUCGGUGCCGUUCAGGGCAUGAUCACCGGCCUCGUUUGCAUCACCCCCGCUGCUGGUCUUAUUCAAGGAUGGGCAGCCAUAGUCCUGGGAAUUAUGUCGGGAAGCGUUCCAUGGUUCACCAUGAUGAUCGUUCACAAGAGGUCGUCAUUGCUACAGCAAGUAGACGACACACUGGGCGUGUUCCACACCCAUGCCGUGGCUGGAUUUAUGGGGGGCAUACUUACGGGGAUCUUUGCGCAGCCGGAGCUGUGCAACUUGUUCUUGCCCGUGACAAACUCGCAGGGGGGCAUCUAUGGAGGCAAGGCCGGGGGAGUCCAAGUAGGAAAACAGAUUGCGGGGGGUUUGUUUAUCAUUGGAUGGAACAUUGUGGUGACGUCAAUAAUUUGCAACGUGAUAAAGUUUGUGAUUCCGCUGCGGAUGUCGGAGGAGGAUCUGAUGAUUGGGGACGAUGCUGUGCAUGGGGAAGAGGCAUAUGCGUUGUGGGGUGAUGGGGAAAAGUACGACAAAACCAAGCAUGGGGGUGGCUCCAAUUCGGAUGAUACUCUUCAUCAUUAUGCUACUGAUAUUAACAAGACCUCAAGUGGUGCUACUCAGGUGGUCUAGAAUUGUAUCCUCCUCCUACAUGGAGUAUAUAUACUUUGAUCGAUGUGUGAUAAGUAGUUGGCUUUGUGAGAAAAAACAUGUACGGAGAGGCAUUAUUACCAGCUAGCUUUGCUAGCUGUGCGAAUGAUGUUCAAUCGAGGUGUGAUAGUUUAGUUUGGUUUUGGUUUGCUUUGUGAAGCUGCUGCAUGCAUGCACUACUUUAUUAUAUUUGGAUACAUUACUUGGAUUGAUCUGUUUUAAGUCUUUUUAUUUUCUUAAUGCAAAACACGGUACCAUAUA